AUGGAUGAUGAUGAGCCUGCAAUUGAAGCCAAAGAUCUAGUGAACUCUUAUGUGGUGGCUUUAGAAGAUGAAGGUGAUGAGUGUUGUGUGGUAGAGGAUGCUGAGACACCAAUGGUUUUGGAUGACGGGAACAGAUUUGAUACUGUGAAUGUUGAGUUGUUUCAAUGUUUGAAUGGCAUGGUUGAAGAACCUGCAUUAGGCAUGGGGUUUACUUCAGAAGAUGAUGUGAGGGAUUUUUACAGUGCGUCACACAAGCAGGACUAUGAUCCAAAUAAUAGUUUCAGUGAAUCUUUAAGUUCUCCUGUGACGGGGUUAGAUGCACUUGUGAUUGUCUUUACAGAAGAUGGUAAUACUGUUGGCAAAAUGGUUGAUGAAAAGGAUAGGCCAAGUAGUGUUUUCUGGGUUGACACGAGAUCUAGAAUUGCAUAUGAUUAUUUCUCCGAUGUUGUGGCCUUUGAUACCACUUAUCAAGCCAAUCAGUGUAUGAUGCCUUUUGCACCUUUUACUGGAGUAAAUCAUCAUAAACAAUCAGUGUUGUUUGGUUGUGCAUUGCUUGCAAAUGAGACAGAAUCUACUUUCAUUUGGAUUUUCACAACCUGGCUUGAGGCAGUGUCGGGACAGCAACCAGGGUUAAUCAUAACUGAUUAUGAUUCUACCAUGACUAGAGCAAUAGAGAGAGUUUUCCCCCAAUCAACCACUGAUAUUGCAAGCAUGAAUACUGCCCAGAAAAGUGUGAGUGUGAAUUCGCUUUUUGAUGGUUAUGUGAAUGCGAGGACUGCCUUGCAAGAUUUUGCAGAGCAAUAUGUGAGGGCUUUGGAUGAUCGAUAUGAAAAAGAAGCAAAGGCAGAGUUGGAGACUGUUUACUCUAAACCCAUAUUAAAGACCCCACUUCCCAUGGAAAAGCAAGCAGCAGAAUUAGGUGGAGAUGAUGGAGGAACCACCACUUAUGAGCUAGCAAAAUUUGAUGAAGAACAAAAGAUGUACUUUGUCACUUUGAGUAUAUCAGAAGAAAUAGCUAGUUGUAGUUGCAAGAUGUUCCAGUUUGAAGGGAUCCUAUGCAGAGAUGUGAUUGCAGUAUUCAAAGCUACAAAUGUCUUCAUUCUUCCACAAAAUUAUAUUUUACAGCAAUGGACCAAAAAUGCCAGGGAUGAUGCUAUCUUGGAUGUAUUGUCCUGUCUUGAUGUGCCAAGUAAUUCUCACAGGGGUAAAAACUUGCAGUACAAUGUAUUGUAUGAGGAAGAAAUAAAAUGUGUGGUGGAAGGGCUGGCAUCUGACCACAGUUUUAAGGUAGCAUUGAAUACGUUAAGAGAAGCCAGGAUAAAAAUUUCUGGUUCAAAGAAAAAUGCCAUGAGUGCACAAAAGCUUGAAACUGUGGCCAGUAAUAGUUUCCAGGAUGAGAACAUGAUUUCUAGUAACAGAGACAGCUAUUCAUUACAAACAAGUCAUGCAGGCCAGCACGAAGCAAACACAGCAGAGUCUUGUAUGUAUAAUAAUACUUUUGAUUAUGUUUGGAGCAAUAGUACUUCCGAUAUUGAAGCUAAAUGUGGUUUAUGA